AUGACCAUUGCUUCCAUCGUUUUCAUCUACGUCGUGGCCAUCGUGGCCACCACCGGAGGAGGAACUACCCCCCUCCCCACCCUCACCUCCACCAAGCCCACCACCUUCGCUGUUGACGCCCAGCUCGGAGCUGCCGCUGAAGGGCCUCAACCCCUGCUCCUCACCACUACUACUACCACCACCCCCUCCUCCUCCACAACCACCACCACCAGUAACGGCUCGUUGUGGUGGUCCAUCAUGGUGAAGAUGAUCGAGGAGCAGUUGGCGGAGGAGGAUGCCGCUGGAGGGCCUCGACCCCUGCCCCUCACCACCACCACUACUACCGCCACCCCCUCCUCCUCCACAACCACCACCACCAGUAACGGCUCGUUGUGGUGGUCCAUCAUGGUGAAGAUGAUCGAGGAGCAGUUGGCGGAGGAGGAUGCCGCUGGAGGGCCUCGACCCCUGCCCCUCACCACCACCACUACUACCGCCACCCCCUCCUCCUCUACAACUACCACCACCAAUAACGGCUCGCUGUGGUGGUCCAUCAUGAAGAAGGUAAUCGAGGAGCAGUUGGCAGAGGAGGAUGCCAUUAUCACCUCCUCCUCCCCCUCCACUACUACUACUACCACCACCACCACCUCCACCACCUCCACGACCACCACGACCACCACUGUGCCCAGAGCUCCCGAGACUGGGAGCCAACUCCGAGGGCAUCAUGGAGCAGCGUCCCACGUCCAAGCUUGGUGA